GUCGUAGUGGUGCCGACACCUCUCUCGCUCCCCCUCCAUCACCAGGUCCAGGUGGCUCUUUAAAUUGGGGAGAGUUGAAAAAAUGGGUACGCUUCCGAGAAUUUGUGAAUGUUCGUGAUGGAUCGCAAAGAGAAUCAAUCUCCCCAAGGCCGAACAGCUAGAGUUUUAGUUGAAUUUUUAGAAGUGGCCAUUACGGCUGUUGUUUUUCUCAAAGGGGUUUAUCCUUCUGGUGCUUUUGAGAGGUCGCGGUAUAUGAAUGCGGUGGUUCAAAGGGCUCGCCAUCCUCAGCUCAGAUAUUAUAUACAUGCUGCUGUUUCAGGACUUCUUCCCUUUCUACAUCAGGGAAUGGUGGAGAGAGUAGCAGUUAUAUUCUACAAAGCUGAUGAUGUUCCACUGGAGAAAUUUGUAUUUAAGCUUGCAGUGAACCAAUCUCAUGGCUCAAACGUGGACGAGGCCGACCUGGAGCUCUCUCUAAGAUCCUUCCUGAUAAAGCUUUCAGUCUCAGAAUCUCUUACGAAGGAUCUUCCCCAGGAUUGCAAGUGGGAGAUAAUUGCUUUCUUUCGGUCCCUUCCUAAGGCUACGAUGAGCAAGGAAGCAGAGAUAUGGAUCCCAACUGACACAAAGCAGUGGCACCAGCCCCCACUUAUAACCCCUAUUAAGUCAAUGAGUAGUGAAUCUCUAUCUUUGCAGUUAUACUUGGAACAUCCAAGUUUAUCUGAAUCAAUACUAUGAGAAGGGAACCUAAUGCUGUGGCAUAUGCAAUAUAGUACAUACCGAAGCAUACAUUAGAGGUGAAAUUAAACCAUAUUGCCUGCCCAUUGUGUGAUGAUGAGUGGAUAGGCCUCAGAAGACACAACCAAUUUGUUGCACUUGAACAGUUGAUCAGAAUUUCUGAUAUUCUGCAGAACAUUGGAAACCCCUUGUCUAUCUGAACCUGCCCCUGAGAAAUAAUGGAAAAGCGAAAAUAGGAAAAUUCCAGUCAAAACCAACUGCUGCAUCAGAAGAAAGAACGUAGAGUUGGGAGAACCUAGAACAGAAUGUUUACUCCGAUGAUCUAGUGUCAAGAUAUCAUCAAAUGGUUUCUGAAUCUGAUCUAAGAUGUGCUCAUGCAUAUACUCACCCCAAUGACUGCUCUUAAUUGAUAUCUUUUCCAUAGAUAGUCAAGUGCCACAUUGAGUGCCUUCUGCUUCUUAGUCCCUCGAUGCCGUUUCUCUUAUUUUGCAAAUUUUCAAGAUUAUGCCCUUCUUGCCACUAUCUUAUACAACUGUGUGUAUCAACAUUUUCCCCAAGCUUGACAGAGUCGUGGAAUCGUAUAAAAUUCCAUUGUUGUUUUCUUGACAUUCAAAGACUCGUUUUUGUUCAGAAAUGGAGUUUCACGCCUGCUAUAUAGAGAUAUCCCUUGAUUUUCUUUGUUGAUGCUGGUAACAGCGCUAUCCUUUUCUUUGUUCCAGUGAGAAGGCCAGAAAGAGUGCCACUGCAGAAACUGAGGCUAGCAAGUUUAUAGCCUCUAUUUUCUUAAAAACAACUUGAAGGCUUUUGAUGUUGCCCACCAAUUGCAUGUCAUACUUGAUGCAGUUGCAUUUUUUGAUUAAAAUUGUGUUUGCCAGAUUACUUUCAGACUUCAUUGAUGUCCGAGAACUCUCAUUUGGUCUGAUGGAAAGAUGUCAAUGAAGAGCUUAUCUUCAUUUGGAAAAUCGAAAUUCUUCGUGUGCUGCCACAGCCCAGGAGCUAGGUUAGCGAAGGCGGGAAUUUUGAAACCUGCUAGGUGUCAAAGGAUCUAUGUGGGUUUCACACCAAAUGUUACUUAUCUUGAGCAGAUUGACAAGUGGCCGAAAAUGGAGCUUCCUUCUCUCUACUUAUAUUCAAAGAGUCAAAGCUGCAGAACCAAGGGCCUGCAAAACUGCUGUGGGCUGGGGCAGUGCUUCACGGACAAUAUCUUUUACCAUUUAAACUACGGCUUUGGCUAAUGAUGCAUCAUGGGAAUCUUUCACCUCAGUUGAAGGUGAAUGAGUAUUGUUUUCUUUAGAGAAACCCACCUUGAUUCCGACAUGGUAAAUGAGUGUCCUUUGUUGCAAUCUGUUGAUAAAUUUGUAGUUUAGUAGAUGAUCAGAACUCUUGACGCGGUUAUUUAAAAGUUGAAUUUAACCAAACUCUUACGAGAGCACUGCAUCACUACCCAUUUGUAAAUGGAUUGGUAAAAUAUAAUCCCCGAAAAGUGUGCAGUAGCCAGGCAUGUCAUCCGGAAAUAGAAUCUCCAUAACUGAAGAAAAAGCCAUAUAUGGUUGAAUUUUUCUUCCAAUCGUUUCACAAUUU